UUUUAUUGGAGUUCAUGUGUCACUCAUUGUGUUAAUCUAAUGCUUCAAGAUCUUAGUGAGAUACAUGAUAUGAAAUCAGCCAUUGACCAAUGUCAAGAGGUAACAAAAUUUAUUUAUAAUCAUGCAUAUGUAUUGAGUCUGAUGAGAAAGUUUACAAAAGGAGUUGAAUUAAUACGACCUUCACAAACUAGAUUUGCCACAAAUGUAUUGACUGUGCAAUUGCAGAGUAUGAUGAAACAAAGAACUCCUUUGAGGCGGAUGUUCGCUAGUGAAGAAUGAGUUGCAUAUCUACAUGCUCAUAAAAGAAAUGCUUUUUUAGUUGUGGACAUUGUAUUUAAUAACGAAUUUUGGGAAUCAUGGGUGAAGCUAUUGAAGGUUUGCGUUCCAUUAGUUAAAGUUCUCAGGUUAGCUGACAGCGAGGAUAGACCUUCCAUAAGGUACUUAUAUGAGCUUAUGGAUAAAACAAAAGAGGCAAUUCGAGACAACUUGAAAGGAAAGAAAAAGUUAUAUAUGCUCAUAUAGAAGAUUAUAGAUAAAAGGUGGACUGGACAGCUUCAUCAGCCUCUUCAUGCAGCAGCUUACUAUCUAAAUCUUGCAAUUAGAUUCUCCUACAUUUAAGAAGGAUAGAGAAGUCAUGCAUAGUUUGUUGGAUUGUAUUAGCGUGUUAGUGGCAUAUUCUAGAGAACAAGAUGUUGUGCACAAUGAGUUGGAUCUAUAUGAUACUUGUUUCGGAACAUGCGACAAUCUGUCGUCGUUCUAGCGAGGACAACCAUGCGUCCAGAUUUGUGGUGGAAUAGGUAUGGGUUUGAUUGUCCAAAACUAGCACGUUUUGCAAUCAAAGUCCUCAGCCAGACAUGUAGUGCUAGUGGAUGCGAAAGGAAUUGGAGUGUGUUCCAACGUAUCCAUAGUAAAAAAAGGAAUAAGCUCGAACAUAAAAGGUUGAAUGACCUUGUCUUUGUUCGAUAUAAUAUGAGGUUGAAACAAAGAGAAUUACAAAAAACAUCAGCAAGGAAGCACACAUCUCAGUUCGAUCCUAUCAGCUUGGAAAACUUUGACGAUCUGGAGCCAUGGAUUGAGGAAGAACCAGCUACAAUAUUUGAUGAUGAAGAUCUUGAAUGCUUCAAACUUGAAGCUGAAGCAACAGAGGGCUUUGUUGAUGAAGGAGAGUCUGCUACUGCUGGUGCUGAAUAUGUUGGUGAGGAUCUUCCAAUUCUUGACAAUGAAGAUGAAGAUGAUGAAGAUUAUGAAUGAUCAUGAAUGAGAGCCAAGUCAAGAGUCCUUUCAUUUUAUAUGUAUUGAACAACUUAUUUUAUAUGUAUUGAACAACUUAAGAGUUAUGAAUCUAUGGUUGUUGAACACUUGAAUGUUUUAUCACUUUAUGGCUUAUGCUUUGUUAAAUUAUAUUGUUAUGAA